UCACGAUUCAACAAAGGCGAUACCAUACAGGUCCAUGGAAUUCAUGUAUUUACCCAGACGGGUGGGGCUUGCAUGUGAAGGCGAUUCUUCCAUUGCCCCAACCGCAGAUUAUUAUGCCUGCACGUCUCAACCUUAUCGCAAUCCAUCCUUGUCUGCAUUCUUGUUGGAAGAGAAAGCUCCCAACUCUUCUGACGCUGGGAAAAAUAUCUCUGUAGACGAUGGCCUAGCAACUCUCUGGUCUUUCCGACUCUACAGUUCCAUCCUCAACCCGAUCCUUCCACUGCAUUGUUCACCCGAUCUUUUUGCAGGCUGGAAGGACUCGAUUUGCCAUCAGUCCGCAGAUUUCCUGUCAAUUCCCGCAAUUCACACAGUACAGAUAGUACUCUCACUUCAGACAUGGGCGCCCCAGCACCACCAGACCCCGAAAACACUGUGAUAUAUUCUACUACCCUCCCGGUCUUCUAUACUGUCAUCCCGGCUUCGAUCAGGCGGCGGAUCCCACGGCUCUACCAUUCCCUGCAUAGGUCGUUCGGCAGCAGUGGUGAGAAUGGCAACGAGAACGAGAAACGUCAUGUUGGGAAUGAAAGCGAGCUCUGUGCAAGGGGGCUAACAUCUGCGUCGGAGCCGCAGUUGGCGUAUUCCACUGGAUCAAUUGUCGCGGGGUUUGCGGACGGAGACGCUGCUGCUAUUGCCGCAUCUGCAUCUGCUGCAUGUGCUACUCGUCCGGGAUCAUCUGGGAGCAGUAGCGAGAGGUCGUUGCAUUCAGUGGAUACUUCGACUUGGAAUGCGUCCGAAGGAAGAGAGGGCGCUAACGUCAUGACGAAGUAUGAGAUCGACUCUGGGUUGAAGUGGAAUCGAAUCGUUCCCGCAUUCAACCUCCUCCGAAGCGCAGGCUACGAAGCCCAACAGAACAACCCAGACACUCCCCUAAUCAGAUCCCUCUACGUCAACGCAGUGGGAUACCUCCUUUCCGCGCUUCCCGACAGCCUCACCACGAAAGAAGUAGCCCUCCUCCAAGAAAAACUUCCCGAAGCCGUCAGACCGCGCAGUGCCUCACAACCCCCAGCAGCAGUAGAAGAAGAAACCAGCGUGACCUUCACUGGCCUGGAAGGAACCCACAAAUCUAAAUCAAAACCCCAGGUCAUAUCCAAAUACACGCAGCCAGAACGCUCAUGCCUCCAUCGCCUCCUCGCAUCCGGAAUAAUUCAAUUCUUCCUUCUCCUCCAAUUCCUCAUCCCUUACAUCAAAGUCCUCUUGUACCAUCUCUACCGGUACGAACGAUCUCACCACAUCACGGAGCGGGUCGUCGCGACGACGCUGGACGUGGCUGAUAGUCUCGGGAAAGGGGGCGUGAGCUUGGGGUCUGCCAUACUCCGGUUGAAUGAGGGGAAGGUCGGUGCUGCGGUGUCGGAUCUUGCCGGGUGGUGGGUGGAGGGGGUCGCGGGGGGUGUCUAUGAGGGUGUCGGAGAGGGGAUGAUGAUUUUAGGGGUUUUGAAGUCGAAUGGUAAUAGUACCGGGGGUGGGAAUGGUCGUUCGGAGGUGGAUGGUGUCUCUAGGUGUUGAUAGAGGGGCUGCUUUUUUUUGGGCUUUUUGGGUGGUUUAGUUCAAUGGGCUUUUUUAUACAUGGUUUGGCGUAUGUGAUGGGAUGAUGACGACUUGUUACUAUUCUUGUUAUCUAGAUCUAGA